CAAAAAACAACUCAACACUUGUUUUUUCUUCAUUUCUCAUUUAUGAAAAUGGUAUUUUGAAUAGCACUUCAAAGUCAAAUAUUUGUUUUCAUUUAUGAAAAUGGUAUUUUGAAUAUCCUCAUCAAGAGUAGCAUCAACAAUUUGCGACCUAGUCUGCGAUUCAGCCUAAAAUUCCGUUCGUGUUCGAUCAUAUUUUUCCAUAAUAUGCUAAGUGGAUGGAGUUAUGAUGUGUUCCUUAGUUUUAGAGGUGAAGAUACAAGAAGAAGUUUCACAGGCUCUCUCUAUCAUGGUUUAUGCCAAAAGGGCAUCAAUGUUUUCAUAGAUGAUGAAGAGCUUAGAAGAGGAGAACAAAUAUCUCCAUCUCUUCUAACAGCAAUUGAAGAAUCUAGAAUUUCUAUCAUUGUGUUUUCUACAAACUAUGCAUCUUCAAGUUGGUGUCUUGAUGAGCUUGUUAAGAUUCUUGAAUGUUGGAAAACAAAGGGACAAUUAGUUUUUCCAGUUUUCUACUAUGUUGACCCUUCUUUUGUAAGGCAUCAAAGAGGAAGUUUUGGAACAGCAAUGGCUAAACAUGAAGUUACAUUCAAGGAUGAUGUUGAAAAGUUGAAAAAGUGGAAAAAAGCCUUGUUUGAUGCAGCCAAUUUUUCAGGUUGGAGCUUAGAAAAUGGGUAUGAAUUUGAGCUUAUCUUAAGGAUCAUUGAGGAGGUCUCUAGCAAACUAAAUCACACCCUUUUGCAUAUUGCUGAGCAUCCAGUUGGACUAGAAACUCGCAUAUCGGAAGUGAAAUCACUUCUGCAAACUGAAAAUCUUGGUGAACAGGUUUCUUUCAUUGGAAUCCAUGGACUUGGAGGUAUAGGAAAAACAACAAUUGCAAGAGCAUUGUACAACUCAAUUGCUAAUCAAUUUGAUGCCACAAGUUUCCUUACUGAUAUAAGAGAAAGUUCAACUCAAAGACAAGGCUUAGUUCAACUUCAAGAAACACUUCUUUAUGAAACACUUGGUAUAAAGAAUAUUAUGCUAGGAAAUGUUUAUAAAGGUAUCCCUAUUAUAAAAAAGAGAUUAUGUGGCAAGAAAGUGCUUCUGAUUCUUGAUGAUGUCGACAAGUUGGAACAGCUUCAAGCAUUAGCAGGAGGACGCGAUUGGUUUGGUUUCGGAAGUAAAAUAAUCAUAACAACAAGAGAUAAGCAAUUAUUAGCUAAUCAUCAAGUUGACAAAACUUAUGAAGUAAGGAAACUAAAUCACGAAGAAGCUUUUGAACUUUUUACAUGGAAUGCAUUCAAAAGAAAAGCAAUUAAUGAGGGCUAUAUGGAGAUUUCCAAUAAUGUUGUACUCUAUGCUGAAGGACUUCCAUUAGCUUUGAAAGUAAUGGGAUCAAAUUUGUUUGGUAAAACAGUUGAGGAAUGGAAAUCUGCAUUGGCAAAAUAUGAAAAAAUUCCUAAUAAAGAGGUUCAAAAUGUGCUUAGAGUAACUUUCGAUAAUUUAGAAGAAAAUGAGAAGGAAAUUUUCUUGGAUAUAGCAUGUUUCUUCAAGGGAGAGACAGUUGAAUAUGUCGAAAAAACACUUCAAGCUUGUGGUUUUUUUCCGAAAUUUGGUAUCAGUGUACUUACCGAUAGGUCUCUUGUAAGUAUCGAUGAAUAUAACAGAUUGAGAAUGCAUGAUUUGAUACAAGACAUGGGUAGGGAAGUUGUUAGAGAAGUUUCUCCGUUAGAGCCUGGAAAACGGAGUAGGUUAUGGAAUCAUGAAGAUGUUAUUGAAGUACUAACCGAAAGUUCGGGGACUUAUAGUAUUCAAGGCAUGAUGGUGGAUCUACCUGAUCAAUAUAUGGUACACUUGAAAGAUGAUUCCUUCAAAAAGAUGACAAAUCUUAAAAUUCUUAUAGUUAGAAAUGGAAACUUUUAUGGAAGCCCUCAACAUCUUCCAAACAAUUUAAGGUUGCUUGAUUGGGUGGAAUAUCCUUCAUCAUCUUUACCAUCAACGUUUCAUCCAAAGAAACUUGUUGUACUCAAUUUGUCGCGCAGUCAUUUUACAAUGCAAGAGCCAUUCAAGCAUUUGGAUUCUUUGACUUCUAUGGAUUUGAGUCAUUGUCAGUUCUUAACAAAGCUACCAGACAUUUCUGCUGCUCCAAAUUUAACCGAACUAAAUCUUGACUAUUGUACAAAUCUAGAACAAGUUCACGACUCAGUUGGAUUUCUUGACAAACUUAUUGAGUUAAGGGCUUAUGGAUGCACUAAGCUUAAGGAUUUUCCACAUGCCAUCAAAUUGACAUCAUUGCGAAGUCUAAUUCUUAAUUGGUGCUCAAGUCUUCAAAAAUUCCCAACCAUUUUGGAGAAAAUGGAAAAUCUCAUAUCUAUUUCCAUUGAAGGAACUGCUAUUGAAGAAUUGCCUCCUUCCAUUGGAAAUCUUGUUGCUCUUCAAGAGUUUAGCAUGACAUCUUGCUUGAGCCUCAAGGAACUCCCAGAAAACAUUGACAUGUUGCAUAAUCUUAAAAACCUUGAUAUUGAAGGUUGUCCACAACUUAGAAGUUUUUUGACAAAAUUGAGAGAAUUAGGACAAUCUACUCUUACUUUUGGUAAUGUUCAAUCGUUGAAUCUAGAAAACUGUGGUCUUAUAGAUGAAGAUCUUCCCAUAAUUUUCAAGUGUUUCCCAAAUUUAUCAUCAUUAGUCCUUUCAGGAAGUAAUUUUGUAACUCUUCCAAGGUGCAUAGAAGAAUAUUAUCCCUUGGAAUUGCUUCACUUAGACAACUGCAAACAGCUCCAAGAAAUUCCAAGCCUUCCUCCCAAUUUACAAUUCAUCAAUGCAAGGAACUGCAUAUCAUUGACUGCAGAAUCAUCAAACUUAUUAAUACGCCAGGAAACUUUUGAGGUAUAUGAGUUACAAGUUAUGGUUCCUGGAACAAGGGUUCCAGAAUGGUUUGACCACAUAACCAAAGGAGAAUAUAUGACCUUUUGGGUGAGAAAAAAAUUUCCAGCAAUUAUUUUAUGCUUUGCUCUUGCAAUAGAGAGUAAAAUGAAGAAGAGUUUCAGCUGCGAAAUCCGAUUCUAUAUAAACAGUGAAGAAGUUUAUGAAUUGGAAAUACCAAUAAUGUUUUCAGAACUAGUGACAGAUCAUGUAUGGCUUUCUGAUUUGAGGACUCAUCCAUCCAUCAGAUUGAAUGACCUUGAAUCAUAUCUUGUUGAUGAUGAUUGGAAUCAGAUUGAGAUUUCAUGUGAAAAAGUAAUUGGACCAUCAAAUAUGACUAUAAGCUCGUGCGGAGUUCAUGUAUGCAAGCAAGAAGCUAACUUGGAAGAUAUUCUAUUUGAAGAUCCUUAUCUUGAUUCAGAUUUAAGCAGAGAAACUGAGAAUAUUGAUUCUGAUUUGGAAGAUUAUAAUCAAGAAAAGAUUUUAUUGCAUACCGAAACAUUGGUUAAUGUUACUGAAGAUUCAAUGGAUAUAGUGUGUUUUGAUGGCACCAAUGUUGUCAAAGCAUCAAACAUGGCAGCUUCUGAUCAUCAAGAAAAACCUCAACAAAAAUCCGAAGUCACAAAUCCGGAUGAUGAAGACAUGGAAGCAUUUUAUGCUAUUCUUGAUGCUGAGACCUCAGUUCUUUCACUUUCCAAUGACAACAAAGUGGUUUCUGAAUCAUCCAAAAGAAUAAUUCCAAGUGAAGAAACCAAGAAAGCUUUGAAGACACUUCAAGAUUUUCUCACCAAAGAUUUUUCUGUUCUUUUAAGGCCUAAUGAGUACAAUAUCAUGGAAUCUACCUUAGAUUACCUCACACAUUUACCUUCAGAAGAUGGAAUGUCAGUUGAAAUAAGAUCAUUGGUUAAAGAAGUUUCAAGACAGUUCACUUGUUGGAGUUAUGAUUACAAACACGAAGGCGAGAAAAUAGAGUUUACAAAAGCCAAAUUGUUGAAAAGUGAUGAACUUGAAGAGGGUCUUGAAGCUAACAAAACCCUUUUUAGAGAAGUUAAGCAUUUGGAAAAUGAGUUAUGCAAUGAGUUGCAAUAUUUAGAGGAAAGAAAGAAGAUGCUAGAAGAACAAAUAAAUGCUGUUAGGGCUAAUAUAUCUGCUUCACAAGUAGCUAAGAACAUAGCUUCUCAUACAAAGAGAGAAAUCUUUGAGAAUGCAAAGAUUCUAAAAGUUCAAAGAGAUGAGUUAAGGGAACAAGUACAUUGUUUGAGAGAUGAGCAUGAAUUGGCUAAGAAAAUUCAGGCAAAUAUUAGAGAUGAAUGGUCAAAGCUAGGUGAAAAAUUUAGUAACAUUGCCGACAAAAGUUAGUCCAGUCGAUAAGGAGUUAACUUGUACCCCGCAAGUAGGUAAUAUGAAAAUAUAUCUAUUAGCGUUAUUUGAGCCUCGGGUCUGGCUUAACAUUAGCGCGUUCAGAACACCAAAACUUUUAUCUAUAAUUUUUUUAUCAAUGCUAUAAAGUAUGAAAGUGAUAUAUGAACAAGAUGAACACAUCAAGGAACUCUGCUCUCAAAUUAAAGUUAAAUAAUUUUAAUGAUAUCAAACGGUUACAUAAA